AUGAAUGCAAGAAUAGGUAACGAAUCCUCUGUUUCUGAAUUUCUACUCCAGGAGUUCUCAGCAAUCCGAGAAAUGCAGAUUCUACACUUCUUCCUCUUCUUGGUAUUGUACCUGGCAACUGUGUUCGGGAAUCUUCUCAUUAUCUCUGCAGUAGCCUUUGACCACCACCUUCACACUCCCAUGUACUUCUUUCUGAUGAACUUGGCCAUACAGGACCUAAUUGCUGUUUCAGUCACUAUCCCCAAAUCCAUAGCCAAUUCUCUCAUGAACACCAGACACAUUUCUUACACUGGAUGUGUUGCUCAGGUCCUCUCAUUUGUUUUCUUUUUAUCAUCUGAUACUGCCCUUCUUACAGUCAUGGCAUAUGAUCGCUAUGUUGCCAUUUGCAAUCCAUUCCAAUAUGAAAUGGUGAUAAACAGGGCAGCCUGUAUACAAAUGGUUGCUGGUGUGUGGGUCACUGGAUUCCUUAAUGCAGUCAUGCACACUAGUGCAACCUUUGCUACACCUUUCUGUUCAAACAUUGUCAAUCAGUUCUUCUGUGAGAUCCCACAUUUACUUACACUUGCCUGCUCAAACUUAUACCUAACAGAAAUUGGAGUUUUGGUGAUGAGUGUAAUCAUGGUGACUGGCUGUUUUGUCUUCAUUGUUGUCACUUAUGUGCACAUCUUCACUGUUGUCCUGAAAAUCCCUUCUGUUCAGGGAAGGAAAAAGGCCUUCUCCACUUGCAUACCCCACCUUGUUGUCUUCUUCGUAUUUUGUUUCACAGGAUGUUUUGCUUACCUUAGGCCUCCAUCUAAAACUCCAUCUGAUCUGGACUUUGCAUUAACUUUGAUGUAUACUUUUGUUCCACCCAUGUUCAAUCCAAUAAUCUACAGUAUGAGAAAUACAGAGAUUAAAAAUGCAUUAUCAAAAUUACUGGGUUUCAGGCAAGCUUCUGUUAAUAUCUCUUUCUGGCUUAUUCUGAAAAGGUGA